UCCCCUUUAGACCUGACCUACACAAAGCCAAGUCGGAGACAACAUAAGUGAUAAAUACUGGUAGAGUAAACGUAGUUGGCCUGGACGAUUUUCACAGCCCUGCCACUGGGAAUCAUUAGGCUUCAGCCAGUCUCAAGCUAGCAACGUUCAAAAUUAUCAGUUUUAGUGUUCGGAUCAACUAAGUGAAUUCGCAUAUAGUGAUACCAUAGUUAUAGAAUCGAUAGGCGUCUCGAAGAAGCAAAGAGAAACGCCGAAAAUGCAAGUGGUGGGUGCUCUGGUCAAUAUGCUGCUGAUCUCGGCCUGCGUCUACACGAUGUACUCGCUGACCCCGGAGGUCCAUUGCUAUGCCUAUCUGGCGGCAUCGUUCAGCCUGGUCCACGGACUGCUGGGCCUGAUGCGCUCCUUCACCGAGGAGCCCGACGAGUGCGGACGCACCUUCAUGAUCUCGUCCAGCAUACUGGAGGUUAUCCCACUGCCACUGGCCAACAUCGAGUUCUACUCAGUAUCCAAUCAGUCGGGAGUGGCGCUGGUGCACGGCUUGUCGCUGAUCCCACUGUUCUACGACAUGGUCGGCAAGAUGUGCGAGGACUGGGACAGCUCCACGGAGACGCUCAAGGACCUCGCACUGAUGGGCAACAUCGGGUCCACUUUGUUUCUGGCCAUCAAGGACGGCAAGCAUCUAUACUUCGGCGUGGUCGCCACCGUGCUCCUCGCCAGAUACGGUGGCUCUCUGAUCGAUCGCUGCAACGAGAAGCUUAUCCACCAUUUAGGCACUCUGGGAAACGCUGGCAUCCUGGCCCUUAUGACCUACGCACUCACUGAGGGCUAGUUGCUUAGUCUUGAAAUUGAUCGUUUCACGGAAUAAAGACACUAUAAAACUGGAAUGAUUUUCAGCUGA